UCGCUGUGAAAACGCGUCGAGGCCCCGUCGUACGGAUCGCGUCAUGGCUGACGACCCUCAAAGAAACUUCCGCUCUACAUAUUAUGAAAAAGUGGGUUUCAGAGGAGUGGAGGAGAAGAAAUCACUGGAAAUACUUCUGAAGGACAAUUCACUGGAUCUGGAAAAGUUGUGCACCUUCAGUCAGAGGUUCCCGCUGCCGUCCAUGUACAGGAUUCAUGUGUGGAAGGUGCUGCUGGGCGUCCUCCCUCCCCACAGUGACUCUCAUGUUCUGGUUGGAGGCUACAGGAAGGAGCAGUACCAGGACAUCUUAGGGGCUCUGGAGGUGAUGCGGUACAUCCACCCCUCCACACCUUCCACCCACGUCUACCUGCGCAUGUUCCAGCUGGAGAGCCAGGUCCUCCCGCGGUGCUCCGAGACCCUCCCACCUGAUGAAGAGCACGAAGACUUCCUGUCCAUAAGUCGAGCCAUGGAAGAGAUCGUUGAUGAUCCCAUCGACUGCUAUUGGCUGAUUAAAUGUUUCAUUAAUCAGUUCCACACAAAGUUCGGAGACUCAAUACCUCACCUCCCAAAGAGCCUGGAGCAUUACCUGAGCCAGGAGGAACCUCGGUUGUUGGCCCAUUUGAAGAGCAUCGGAGCGCUGCCCCAGCUGCCGUACAGCCUCUGGUUCAGACGCUGCUUCGCCGGCUGCCUGCCUGAAUCCAGCCUGCAGAGGGUGUGGGACAAAGUGAUCAGCGGCUCCUGUAAGAUCCUGGUGUUUGUGGCUCUGGAGAUUCUGCUCAGCUACAAGAUCGUGUUGAUGAGCAUCAACCGACCCGAGGGCGUGUUCAAGUUCUUGUGUAACAUACCGCAGGAAAACACGGACGCCAUCGUCACUAAAGCCAUCGACCUGUGGCAGAAGUACUGUGGCAACCCGAACCACGCUGUGUAGAAGCAGAAAUCUGAAGCGGAAGUUUGGGUUAAACGAACCUUAUCGGCGGCUGUUAGUCGAGUCCAUGGCUUGUCUGCUCUCCGGUCGUAGUCCUGAGC